AUGGAUAUUCACAAGCGCGGGCCUACCUCAAUAAACUUGCUUGUCGCCAAGGCGCGAGAACGGAAUAGAGAACGGAACAGAGAACGGAACAGAGAACGGAACAGAGAACGGAACAGAGAACGGAACAGAGAACGGAACAGAGAACGGAACAGAGAACGGAACAGAGAACGGAACAGAGAACAGAACAGAGAACGGAACAGAGAACGGAACAGAGAACGGAACAGAGAACGGAACAGAGAACGGAACAGAGAACGGAACAGAGAACGGAACAGAGAACGGAACAGAGAACGGAACAGAGAA